CGCUUGCCCGUAACACGUGUUACACUUGCACUCCCCACCCAGCUCCUAUUUUCGGCAGAGACCCAUUUCCACGCUCUAUACCAUUUACCCCAACCGAUGUAAUCUCCAGUUCCUCUCUGAAGAAAAAUGGUUGCCGGGAAGUCUUCGGAGUCGCUGCCUCCUGGAUUCGCCGAGAAGAUCAAGUACAAAAACGGGAGAAAAAUCAAGUUCUACUUCAAUGCUGUAUCGGGUGUGAAGUAUUAUUCCAAGAAGGAGCUUCUUCGUGCGACUACAGAAGAAAAUGGUCUCGCAGCUCAAACAAAAAAAGGCAAUGGCGAUGGGGGGGGUCGCUCUAAUAAAAAUGUUGAUGCUGUACCGGUCAGAAUAGAUGAAACUUCUCAAGGGUUGCCUGAGGGAUGGAUAAUGGAGGAGAAAAUGCGGAAUGGCAGCACAAAGAAGGGGUCUGCUUACAAGGUGUAUACUCAUUUGUCUUCUGGAAAAAAAUUCUACUCCAUGGCCACCGUGACUCAAUAUUUAAACACUUUAGACGGCAAAAACAACGUGACUGCACAAGAUGAAGAUGUAAAAGGGGAAGGAAAUAAACUCUUCGGUACACCUCAAACAGUCAAUGGUGAUGACAAUGAUCUCACUUACAAUAAUGAGGCCGAUGCUGCGGUAGUUGAAGCAGAAGAUUCGCCCAACUGGUUGCCAGAAAAUUGGAUAAUGGAGGUGAAAACACGGCAGAAUGGCCGGACUAAGGGAGUAACUUACAAGGUGUAUAUUGAGUGGUCAACUGGAAAAAAGUUCUAUUCAAAGGCUGCGGUGACUCAUUAUUUGAAAUCUGUUCGAAACAAAGAUGUCAUGAGUAGUGGCACAGCUGAUGAAGAACUCCACAGCACACCUCAAACCAAAAAACGUAACAGGAAUGCCCUUUCUGUUGAUAAAAAUUCCAGUGGUGUACCGGUAAAAACAAAUGAUUCUUCUAAAUGGUUGCCGGAAGGAUGGAUAGUGGAGGAAAAACCUCGGAGCAGUGGCUCGAGCCAUGGAUCAACUUACAAGAUAUAUAUUGAUCCAUCAUCGGGAAAGAAGUUUUAUUCAAGGAAUACCGUGGUUCAAUAUUUAAAUACCAUCAGUCAUAAACACACCCCAACAGUACCGAAUGAAGUUUUGGACAGCGGAACGCCAGAAAAGAAGGACAGCAUAGAUUGUACACCUCAAGCAAUGGAUGGUGAUGAUGUUGACAUUGACAUUGAUCAUAUCCUUUACGCCGAUGAAAAUGUCGGCAGUGCAUCCGUGAAAACUAAUAAUUCUUCUCAAUGGUUGCCCGAAGGAUGGACAGUGGAGGAAAAACCUCGCCAGAGGGGAUCAAGUUAUAAGGUUUAUACGGAGUUGUCAUCCGGAAAGAAAUUUUAUUCGAGACCAGAAGUGACUCGAUAUUUGAAUGCUGCAAAUCAUGCCGACAACGCAUCUGUGCAGAAAAAUACGGACAAAUCUGGGGGAUCUUUAACUAAUGCUUCUACACGAAGAAUUUCGAAGACAAGUUCAAGCCGUGCUUCCACGAAGAAGGAGAACAGCAAUAACAAGAUGAUCACCUCGGAGAUUACACCGGCUGAUGAUCUACCACCUGGUUGGAUCAAAGAAAUCAGGACAAGUAAAUCCAGAAAUAAGAUCAGAAAAGAUCCGUUUUACACCGAUCCCGUCAGCGGGUAUGUCUUCCGAUCUAAAUUAGACGCUUUACGGUAUUUGGAAACAAACGAUAUCCACAGCUGUGCUUGCAAACCAUUUAAACGGGAGUCGGAUGAUCUCAAGUUGAUUGGCAAUGAUAUCAAUUCUCCAAAUACGGACGGGGAGAAGUCAUCCAAGCAGAGGAAAUCGGAAGAAUCUUACGGCGCAGGCGGAGAAACUUCGGGUACAAAACGUCGAGCAGAAUCGAUGGCUGAGAUCCCAGAGAAAGCGGAAGGUAACGGCGGUGGACACUCGCCAGGUAAACAAACAAACGGAAGCUGGACCGAUUCGUCGAAAUCUAAAAAAAUACGCGACUCGGAAUUGCCGCAACGAACUUCAAAAAUGCUGUUCGACACGGGACUUUCCUCCGAUAUCGAGCCGGAAGAGAUUUCCGAAAAUCCUCACACGGAGAAGCCGGAAAAGUCACCGGAGUCGCAGCUCGGCAACGACUUCGGGGACUCGUGGUCGGAUCCGGUCGAAUUUGCUCUGAAAACUCUUUGCGGCGAGAUUCCGAUCGACGAUAAUCUGCCGUUUCCGGGCGACUUGAACAAGGGGCUCAACGAACCCGCCGAUGCGGGCCCGAAACCGAUGCCGCCGCCGCCGCCGCCGCCGCCCUCGGACGAGCCUGUUAAUUUCAAAAAUGAAUUUGUCCCGAGCGCCGGAACUCCGUCGAAGAGGCACGGUGCGCUUGCGCUGCUGCAGUCCAAUCCGACGUUCUCUGCCGGCGGGGAAGACGGCGAAUCGAAGCCGUAAUUGAAAUCAAAAUCGAAUCGAGGUGGGUUUUGAUGUGCCAAAUGUUGGUUGUUUUUAUGUUAUUUGGACACUCAGCUCUUAUUAAGGUUGUUGGGGUUAUUAUUAUGACGUAUCCUAUAAAAUGUUGUUAUGACUUUGUAUUUUGCUGAGGAUUUGGAUUUGGAUUUGGAUUUGAUGCUUAAAAUUGGGAAAUACUUUUGGUCUGUAUUAAUCGAUCUAACCCUAACUA